AAAUUGGCCCAAAUCCUACCUCCCACAUCUCCCUUCUAAGACUGUCUGGUUCUCUGCCAAAUCCUGGGCAAUAAAAAAGAAGCCCAGAUGCUCUGCACAGAGGAGAAGCUGCAGCUGCUGAAGAGAGAAAUCCGGACAAGAUCAUUGAGAAACCUGAAAAAUGGGACCCACAAUGAGAUACUCAACCUCCAAAAUGUCCCCGGCAAAGCUGAGCAGCGCAGCUGGAAAAGCCUUGGUAAAACCUUGCAAGCCAAGAAGAUCCCAACAGAAGACCAAAGAAAUUUGCCAUGUCUACUACAUGAGGCUUCGUUCUGGCCUCACCAUAAAAAAGGAGGCCUGUUACUUGGAGAAAGAACCCAUCCAAAGUUAUUCACUAAAAUCAGGUAGAAAGCGUGAAGGGAACUUCCCUGCUUACCCAAGGGAUGCCAUGAAGCGCUCCAUGUUGGAUACACCCAAUUUCCAAGAAUGUGCCGCCGCCGAUUUCCCUGUCAGAGAGAGUAUCCGAGAAUCUUGUGCUUCCCUGAGCACAUACGAUGACCAAUCUGUUUGUUUCAAAGUAUUGGAGAAUGGACGAUAUGUGAUCAAUGUUGAAGAUUCUGGAAAAGACCAAGAAAAAGACAAGAUGCUGCUACGUUACUAUGAGUCUCCUCAUCCCUCAAAUGAGUCAGGUGAUGGUGUGGAUGGUAAGUUGCUGAUGGUGAACAUGAGUCCUAUCAAAGACACGGACAUCAGGCUGAAGGCCAAUGACGAGGACCACUCUGUGGAGCUCCAAAAGUGUCAAGUCCCACUGCCAGACCAGGUCUAUUUCGUCCUUCACAGAAAGUCCUCCGACUAUGUUUUAUUUGAAUGUAAGAAAAAGCCUGGGACAUACAUAGGAGUAAAGGACAACCAGCUUGCUCUAAUAGAAGAAGAGGACGAGGACAAUAAAAAUAUCAUGUUUAAGCUUUCUAAAGUUUAAUGGAAUAAGAAGCUUGUGGGCUCUGGGUUGAAGGAGUUAAAUGUUACCACUAAAAAAAGAAGGGAGAGAAAGGAAGGGGCAUCUAAGGGGAUGGCUUAAAGUGCUGUGGAAUGUUAUCUUAUUAUAUAUAAAAGUCUUCUCUUUUCCUCUAUCACUACACAUUCAAUAAAAACAUGACUACAUGGCAUAGGGCAUUUGUAAAGAGACUGAGAGAGAUUCCACCUUGGCUUUUACUUUCAUCUGCUUUGAGUCCUGAACGAAUUCACACUUGCAGAUCUCAUCAUAUGAGCAAGCCCCAUAGCUCAUGCUAUGCUUUAGACAAGGGUCCAAUCUAAAAGCCUUAAA